AUGGUCACUAGCACGCUGUCUUCCCUGACUCCCAUGGAGCGCUGGCAGGCUUCCCCGCCAGAAGAUGAAGCUGUUCCAGAACUGGCUAUUCAAAAUGCCAUUGCAUCUGGCUCGAUAGAGUUGGAUGACAGCAUUGAUCCGUUCCAGCUCGAUAGGUCUACCAUGGAUUUUUUCAAUUUCGACGAGAGCUCCUCACAUCUGGCGUCCUCAGUAUCGAGCAUUGGGAGCAGGGUAUCUGAGACAUCUGAUAGUGCCUCUUCAGCAUGGAGCCAUCAUUCCUCGGCAGACACGGGGCUGCCAUUCUCACUGCCCCUAAAGCAAACUAAACCCAAACGCAUUCGAGGGCGGCAACAAGCAGCGGCAGAUUAUAAUUACCAGUGCACAUUCUGUACGCAGACUUUCAAAAAGAAACACGACUGGGCCCGCCACGAGAAAAGCGUCCAUCUGACUCUUGACUCCUGGAUUUGCACCCCGAAUCUCAACGACGUCCAACAAGCUUUUGCGGUCCAGAUCUCUGAAUGUCUCUUCUGCGACGUAGCUUUCCCAACGCUUGCCCAUUGGGAAGAGCAUGAAUUCCAAAUUUGCGCCGAUAAGCCUGCUCAACAGCGAUCAUUCAGUCGGAAGGAUUAUCUAUGGCAGCAUCUACGCAAGUUCCACGGCUGCACAAAAGCCCCCGUGGCUGACCUCGAAGCCUGGCGCGGAUCGGGCGCCAACGUCCAAAGUCGCUGUGGAUUCUGUGGAUGUUCACUGUCCACCUGGUCAGCUCGGGCAGAGCACCUAGCGGGUCAUUUUAAGAAAGGGUCUCGUAUGAAUCAAUGGGAAGGUGAUUGGGGUCUAGAUGCAUCUAUCUUGAGUGCUUUACGCAACGCGAUCCCACCAUCUCAGCGGGUCAUGGUAAACAUGUCUGCUUAG